GAUUGCUCGAUUUCGCUAGGCUGCAGAGCGCCCUAGAAGCAAGAGGAGUUCGGAUUUCGGAAUCGCAAGUUGUAUCGCAGUGGUAACAGCGGCAAUAGUAGGCCAGUUUUCUCGGAGUCGGUGUUGUUAAACUAUUCGCACGAAAAGGAAGCUGCGGACGCCACGGUCCAAGCCAUCCGGGAACGCGCCCCGAGUACCGCACCGUCCGUCGCAUAAUCGCAUCGCCGUUUCGCGCUAGGAUCGCGUUGUAUGUUUUCCGUGUGCCGAGCGGCCAUCCGGGCACCGCGAGAAGGAAUAGUUUAGGAAUCAAUUUUAAUCUGUUAGCCCCGAAGUGUGUGCUUCUUCCCCGUCAAAUAGAGCCAGGUGCGCGUUGCGUGUUUUGCGGAACAGAGUGCAUUGAACUGCACCGGAGCGCAGAAAGGAAGGGUUGUCGAUCAUCGUGCUCGGGUUUAUCGCUGUGCUCGUGUCGGCGCGCGUAUCGAGAAGAUACUCGUGCGUAAGUAGGAGGAGAUAAACGUAUUGGACGAACGGGGGACUGAGAGGGAAAGUGAACGAAAGCGAACGUUGGCCUUGGCAAGAAUGAUGAAAUUUGUUACCUCGGACAACAGUUCGAUGGCAUCGUCGUCGUUGCGGCACGCAGAACAAUACGACAAUUGUUCGGAGCUGCUCAUCGAGUCAGAUGCCACCCCGCUGAAGGAGUUGGAUCCGGCCAUUUUGAGCUGCGGACUGCCGGCCAUUGUGUUCGGUGGUGGCGCGGCCGAGCUGGACCGUGCGUCGUCGGCCCCGACCAUCGUACGGUACACGUUUGCCCAGCUGCUGGCGUUCCGGAAGAUACCGCUGUCGCACCGUCGGCCGGUCGCCAUCGAUGAUCCGCGCACGGGACAGUAUCCGAUCUGGCAGCGCAACGGAUUCAGGCGAGCGACCGGAAGCGACGAUGAGCUGUACCACGGUGGCUCCGGUGCCGGACGCAAACCGAACGACCGUCAUCGGGACAAUGGCUUCAAUCCGCCAAGAUUUCGACGUAAUCAUGAAUUUAGCAACCGGAACCAUCACGUAAUUGUGAAGAGCUACAGUGCCGGCGACAGCCACCAGGUACGUUUGCAGGAUACGGUUAUCGAGGAGGAACCGGAAUGGGUCGUCGCUGGGCCGACGUCUCGGCUCGAUACGAUCGAGUUGCGUGGUUUCGAUGACGAUAUGACGCGCUCUGUUACGGACACGAUCAAGUCUUCACCGACGGCUGCUGCGGUGGCGGCGGCGGGUCCUAGCCGGUCUCAGUCGUUUUACGAUGCUCUUAUGCAUUACGAGCAUGUGCAUCCGAAGCACGGUGGUAAGCACGAUACAUCCGGCAGUGGCGAUGGUGAGAGUGUGUCCAACCCGAGCAGUUCGUCUCCGCCGGCUCGCAGCACGCCCACGAAGCAUGUGACCGACAUGAACAACAACAGCCACGCCGGUGCACGAAAGGGCGGGUUGGCUAGUGGCAAGGGUGGUACUGCGGGUUGCGGAUCCGGGCCCAGCGGAUCGUCGUCGUCUUCGGCCGGCGUGAACGUUUCCAAUUUUGAGGAAUUCAUGAAGUUCGAUUCGAUCCUGGGUGAUUCCGGUGAUGCGGACAGUUCGCGGUUUAGUAAAUACUUCCGCCGCGGUGGAGCUUCAGGAGCAGGCGAUUCUGGUCAUCCGCAUCAUCAUCGCCAUCACCAUCCGGUGCACGGUCAGCAUCAGCAUUCGUCGUCGCAACAUGUACGUUUUGCACUGGAUCGUAACACGCAACACCACUAUCAGCGUCAGCCAGGGUCCGGUCGCCUGUCGAUGGCUUCUUUGCAGAAUCUUCCGCCUGGUGGUGGUAUGGAGCGCAGCUCGCUGCCGUACGACGCACAGGUAUCCGGAGCCCACACCGCCAACACCGAGGAGGGUGGUUCGAAAUCGUUCCAGCAUUUGGUCGACAUGAUUGCCGCCCAAAAUCAGCGUAUGCAGCAACAGCAGCAGCAACAGUACUUGCUGCAACUGCUGCAAAACAGUCAGCAAACGGAGUCACUGCGUCAGAUGUUGAUGAAAAAUUCGCGCGAGGUUGGUGUCCCGGCACCACCGAAAGGACGCGCCCAGUCCGGUGGCGGCGCUCAGCACCAGGGACCGGGGCGUGUACCGACCCAGCGUGAGCUUCAGCUCCACACGCAGUCCAUCAUGAAGAACGCAUUGUUGCGCAAGAAGAUCGUCGAACAGAGUCGGCUCAUACUGGAACAGCAAGAACCGAUUCCGGCCGUGCAGCAACUUAUCCGUUCAAUCUGCCCGAACGUACAGCGCAGCCUAGCCGUUUUGGCGGCCGGCAGUGGCAGCAGCAGUCAGCAGCAGCAGCAGCAGCAGCAGUUCUCGAGUGACCCCGGUUACGGGGCGCCGUUUGGCAGCGGAAAGCGCGGCCAAACACGGGCCUCCAAUCGGCGUUACUAAGGACUCAGCCCGGUCACUCAGCUUAUGGGUGCUGCCUAAAGAAUUUGUCAGCUGGAUCACUGGUCGAUUCUUGCAGUGCUUAAAGAGUUGUCGGAUCGGAUCGCUUCAUCAUCAACACUACGCGCCAUGUGCCUUGCACUAGGCAAAAAAGACACAGGCCAGUUUCUUUUGCAUAUUCCAUUACUUUUUUUUCAUUUUUAUUUUGUCAGUGAAACGCCGCCGGCAAGGGUUGCCCGGGGCCUCGAAACCAUUACUCCCCAAAACAACACGUUUGUACCACGGUUUGGAUUUUCUUAUCGCAUUUUAGUUUUAAUCAUAUCUGCAACGUGUGUGUCUUUGGGUUUCCGUGCCAUACCUGGUGUUCUGAGCGCUUCGGAGAGAAUAAUGAGGAGACAGUGGUUCACGACAUGUUCGAAUGUCCAGAGAAGCCUAACAAAUGCAUCCGUAGCUGCAGCGCGGGUGUCCAGUAGUGUAGGGUUGCGUAGCUUUUGGCAACCUUUUACUCGACUCUCGCCAUCAAAGCAUUGACACGAAACGUGCAACGUUUCAACGAAGGUAUUUCCCCGCUUGGACCAUGAAAUCAUCCCGUUGCUUCUUCCCCGGUGCCAGUAAUAUCAUCAUCGAACGAUCUUAUCGAUCGAUGGUAGAGUAUUUAAUUGAUGUGAUGCGGUUUUCUGCCGAUCGGAACUCGUCGGUUUCGGGUUUCAUCCGCGAUCCAUCCAUGUCUCUGUCGAUAAGCGUUUUCCGUGAUUAGUUUUUAAUUUGUUCCUUUUUUACCCAUUUCUUGUGCCAACAACUUUGCCUUGUGGGCCGUGGUUGAAGUUGAUCAAGUGACUUUCAAUGAGCCAGUGCCCGUUAUGCACUAAAACACUUCGCUCUGUGGGUACGUCGGUGAGCGACGGGAAUCGAGACAGGGAGAAACAUCGUGGUUAUUGUACUUUUUUUUUAUAUGGCUCGUUUGCAUAUUUCGCAUCAAAUUCGCAGUCCCGGCAGGGCCCAGGGCCUAGGGAGCGCCAGAGUAAUUUAGGAAGCUAUUGAUUCUCAUUAAUGUGAACGCACUUAUUAUUUAACCCUCCCGUUUGUCGCAUCGCCCGACACUCGUCGUUGCCGAGCAGAAAAAAACGGGUUCUAGUAUACAGUAAGAGAAACAAAAUGAGAAUAUGAAAUU